UGAGAGAGAGACCAAAACAAAGAAAAUCCGCUCCUCCUCCUUUCCUCACUCUCAUCACCCUAAAGAACCUAUAUGGUGAACUGAGCACACCACUGACCAACCAAUUCACGCCGCUGACCAACCCAUUGACGGCCACCGCCGCUGCCGCAGACCGCUCCACUGCCGAUUGACGGUCUUCCCCCACCAUUCACUGUCCGCUGCCGCAGGCUCGCAACCACUCACGACCAGCGCCGCUGCCACAGAGCCGCAGUCUCGCAACGCAACCACUCACGGCUGUCGUUGUUUUCCUCCCAGCCAUUGACGGCCACCUCACCGCAAGCCAGAGGAGCGCCACCACUCACGACCUCACGCGACGCUGCCGUUGUUUCCUUUCCCCCCAGCCAUUUGACGCUGUGUCGCUGCUGUUGAACGUUUCCUCCCAGCCAUUGACGCCACCGCGCCACGCUACGCGACGCGAGGGAGAUAGAGAUUAGGAGAGGAGGUGCGCGCGGUUCCCAGAGCGGCGGUUCCCACGCAGAGCAAGGAAGCGCGCCACCACAAACAGAAAUGACACAUCAAAUUUAAGAGAGUGAAUGCGCAGCCGCUUUCGUUCCAUCUUCACCGGCGACGACAACGGCACAACCAUCUUCACCGGCGACGACAACGGCACAACCAUCUUCACCGGCGACGACAACGGUACAACCAUCUUCACCGCUCACAACGAAUCAGAAGUUCUUGACAAAGGAAACAUAGUAAAUUGGUUUUCCUUGCCUUGGGGUUAAAGAAGAGACAUCACACUUAAUUUCGUUCUAUUUUUCUUUGGUUUGAUCGGUACAGUUUAGCAAUGAAGUUUGAUAAAACAGAUGCUCUAUCAAUUUUGUCACAAAUUAAGCGUCAGGAUAAACAGAUUAAACUUAAGAGUAGAUGGUUACUCGGCAUUCCUCCCACUAGGCAUGAGAGGAAGAAGUUGAAAAAGCAUUUCAAAAAUAGGUAUUUGUCUGAGUCUUUGAUCAGAGAAGAUGAUAUGUUUUAUGAGUCAGUAAAAACUCAUCUUGAAGAUGCCCUUGGAGCACACCGCUCUGAACAAGAGAACGAUAUUCCUAAAGGGGAUAUGGAUUUCAUUCAAACACUGAACAUGAAAAGGUUGAUAUCACCCUUGCUUGAUAAUUUGACUACCAAGGGUCUCUAUCUUCUUGCUAUGAUAGUUACUGGUAGCUCAUUUAAGUCUGAAAUAACUCGUUGCAAAAUGAAAAGGGUUAUCAAGGAUUCCCUUUCGAGUGUUCUGGGCAGAAAAAGCCACCAUAACCAUCUGGAUACUUGUAAACAGAUUUUUUCACUUCUCAACAAUCCACAGAAUUUCCGAGACAGGUGUGAGCCUUUGGGUGCAUUAAGAUCCCUCUCUUACCAUGCUGCUGCAGAAAAGGUACUGCACAAUCUUCAAAACCUGCCAUCUCAGACAUUGAUUGCAAUGCGUAGAAAACUUAAAGGAGUGAAAGCACCAGUACCACAGUUACAACCCCGCAAGCAUGGAUGGGCAAGAGACCAUCUAAUCAAGCUAGUGAAGAAGAUCAGUAUGGAAAUGCUUUCAAAACUUGAUAGAGAAAGUGAGUUGCAAGAGCCAUUAGCCAAAGCUAUGGCAGUAGCAGACUUAUCACUAAAACUCACAUCUGGUUCUCAUAACAUAUUCUCAAAAGACUUUUAUCAGUUCUCCCCUGAGGUGAAGUCCUUGCAAAGUGAUAUUAUGAAUGCUAUAUGGUCGGUGAAGAAAGUAACGACAGUGCCAGAGCUAAGAAAUUUACAGCUUCUCAUAGAACCAAAGGCUACAAUAUCAAACCGGUGCAUUCGGACAGCUUUUGUAAAUUUUUUAACUGAAUUUCUUUUCGAGUGCAGUGAUAUGGAUAGUGUUCCGAAGUCUCUAUCACAGACUCUAGAUGUUAUUAACAGAGGUCCUAAUAAUGGUGGCUUGCACAAUGCAUUAUUCAAAAAGAAGUAUAUUGAGGACGAAGUUGACUGCAUACUAAACAUCAGUGCUUUGACAAAACAAUUUGUUUUGGAUUUAUUGCCUGAUGAUGAAUUUGAUAAAGACUUUAAUGAUGCUUACAUGGAGCAAUUAGAAGAAAGUGAUGACAGUGACAGCGAUGAGGAUGGUGGUAGUCAACUUCAGGAGGACAUACAAUUAGGAAAUGGAUUUGAUUCAAUCGAUACAUGCUAUGAAGCAGAAAGUAUUGGAGAUUUUGUGCCAUUUGAGUUACUUUCUUGUACCAUCAAAAUUGAGGAAAAUGUUUCAUCUUCCCCACUUACAGUUAGUGAUAGGUUGAAUAGUUGUUCCGAACGGCUUCAAUCUAAUACAUGUUUUAGUGUAAAUUUGGAAUCUGAAUUUCACAAUACUCCACGUAACAUGUCAAGUGACCAAUGCCAAGGAGAAAGAACAGAGCAUUUUAGUACAUUCAUGGCUGACAAAAACAAUUAUUCUUCAUUUGUUUCACCCGACAGAGAGUUGGAUGAAAAGGUUGUAAAGAUAAAUCAUUUGUUUGAAUCUGAUACUAAAAUAGCUGCAACGGACACGACUAAUUUGUUUUCUGGGGAGAAAGAACCCGUGCCCACUAAGUACAGUGCAUGCGAAAACCAAUACCUUGCUAUCCAAGAGGCUUGUGAUAAGACAAGUAUGCUUGCAUAUAGUCUUAUAGGUCGUAUGUUGCAUGAGUUUGUAAAAACUGAAGGCCUGGAUUUAAACCCGAGCAAGAGUUUAUACCUCAACCGUAAUAAUCUCGUUGAAGAUGUUGAAGAUAUAGAAGAGCAGUCAUCAUCUGGGAAACAUGCAAGAGAUUUUGUUCAAGUCAUUGAAGAGUUGAUUCCUUCCUUUCCAGAUAGCAGCAUGGAAAAACUGAAGAUGUUGAUGGGUUUACAAUAACGGAACUCAGGGUUUCAGGUUCAAACAUUUUCAAAUGAGUUUGAUCCAAUGGUGAGCUUGUUUAGUGUGAGCUUUACCCUUCCCUCCAAGGAUUUUCUUACCACAAAUCGAUUAUCUGCUACAACAAAACAAGCUCGUCAGAGAGGAAUGUUCUAGUGUGCGGCUUUUAUCAAGGAUAGCAUUAAUUGUAUUAUAUGCCAUUGUGAAACAGCCAUUAUAUAGAGUAUUGAGUUCAACAAAAUGACA